AGAUGUUUUACCCAUGCGAUAAGACGAGUAUGAAAGUAUAAUAGUGAAACAAGAAACAGUUCUUCAAACAACAAAAUUACUAUCAGUUUCUAUUCUUGCCAUACUCCGCAUCCGAAAUACCACACUUCCACGUUCGGAGCUUCAACUAUCACGAAUAACGAAAUCUAUUCUCCUCCAAAUUCUUCAUAUACCGAUAAUUCAAAAUGGGAAAAUCAAUCCUCCUCAUUAACGGCCCCAACCUUAACCUCCUGGGUACUCGUGAACCUCAUAUUUACGGCUCAACCACUCUCGCAGAUGUCGAAGCCUCGAGCAAAGCCCACGCUACUUCACUAGGGGCUACUCUGGAAACCUUCCAAUCCAAUCACGAAGGCGCAAUUGUUGAUCGCAUCCAAGCUGCUCGGGGGAAUGUUGAUGGAAUCGUUAUCAACCCUGGCGCAUACACGCAUACCUCAGUGGCUAUCCGGGACGCCUUGGUGGGGGUGGAUAUCCCUUUCAUCGAGCUACAUGUGAGUAACGUCCAUGCAAGGGAGCCAUGGAGACACCACAGCUACUUUAGCGAUAAAGCCGCUGGAAUAAUUGUUGGGUUGGGAGUAUAUGGCUAUAAGGUUGCGGUGGAGCAUGUGGCUGUGAACUUCAAGUCGAGGGAGGACAAGGCUGUACUUUAAGUGCCAGUUACAGAUGCUUCAUAGAAAAAAAAGGUCUCGGAUGAAUGUUGAUAUAUAGUGUAAUGUGUAGAUGUGUCAUUGCAAGGGUUCGAUGUGAAUAUCGAUUUAAUCGU